UCACUCAACAAUUUUCGACAGCCUGUAUAUAAAUAAAGAUUGGUUUCGAAUUCAUGAUCCCAUGUAACAUACAAAUCUGAAGUCAAUUUUAGCUUUCCACAAUUUCCGCCUUUUUAUUUUCAGAUUCCAGUCGACACAGAUCAACACUUGACUGCAUUUCGUAUUCGAUUACGAUCAGACAGGACCUUUAUUUACUUUUCCUGUAUUGUUCAUAUUAUUUUCAAUACAGCUUUAGAAAUCCCCCGAAUCUGGACUUUGAGUUCAGUCUGGUUGACAGAAGAAGAUGCUUGGAGUAUCUGGUCCGAUAGCCUACGGUAUUGUCGCUGAGAAUAUGCCGCAGAAAGAUAUGAAAGUAUGCUUCCUUGGGUCGUAUUGUGUUGGCAAAACCAGUAUAACCCAAAGAUUCGUUAAAGGAAGAUUUGAUGAGGAAUAUAUCAGUACGAUCGGAGCUGCAUUCUUGUCAAAAUCACUCUUCUUUCAAAACAUCGAAUAUCGCUUUGCAUUAUGGGAUACAGCGGGGCAAGAAAGGUUCCGUUCACUAGCCCCUCUGACGUACAGAUCUGCAGCCGCCGCAUUAAUAGUUUAUGACAUCACUAAACAGGAUUCUUUCGAUGAGGUUGAUUUCUGGUUAUCCGAGCUGAGACGGGAAGGUCCUGAAGGAAUCUUGAUUUAUGUGAUUGGGAAUAAAGUAGAUCUUGAAGCAUUCCGUGUGGUAGAUCAGGACGUAGCAGAGAAAUUCGCCCAAACUAAAGGAGCAUUUCAUUUUCAUACCAGCGCCAAAACGGGCCAGGGUGUCGAGGAAAUGUUCUUUAAUCUUUGUCAAAUGGAUUUCACUAAGACGUCUUUAAAAGAAAAUGGAUGCAUGCAUCACCAAAACACCGUCGAUGUAUCAAACUCAUCUAAUUCAGAUGCAAACAAUGGCGGUCAUCGAGAUCGAUGUCGAUGUCGGAACACAUGAUGACGCCAAUCCAAAGGACUAGAGAAUUUAGCAAGCAAUCUUACUUGCCCUUUGAACUAUGUAUCAAUGCCAACCAAGAUCAUUAAUUGUCAACGACAAAAUAUUUGGUGUGGUCAGAUAUUGCUCCGAUUCCUGUGAAACAUUGAACAAUAAUGAUAAUUAUUAUUAUCAUAAUAAUGUUUUUGAAUAGUAAUAAUAUAGCAGCUGGGAUUGAGUUCCUGAGUUAAACAUGUCUAGAACAUUUUCCUACUCUAAAAAAUAUUGGGUAAAAGUGCUUCAUUUGGGUAAUUAUGUGUCCGACCAACAUUUCUUUUGGGCAUAUUUAUUUAUCCAGUGUGUGAAAAUUCUGCCCGUUCUAAAGUAAUUAUUGCUGCUUAUUUUUUAAGUUUAGGGACUUGCCUUUUAUACAAGCAUUGCUUUUCUUGGCAAGUCCCUCCGGUCAG